UUAGCAUGCUAAAGGGGAAGCUCCCAGAAACCCCACCUGGAAUGUGGAUGAACUGCCCAUCUACCCCCUCCCUCCAAUAAAGUGGUCUGAGCUCUCUCGCCCUCCCCAGAAGCUUCAAGGGAUCUCUGGUGGAGGAGGCUGGCCAAGAGCGCGCCCGAUGGAGCUGGUUUCCCUCUCCUUUGGGCUACUCCUCGGAGUCUGCUGUGCCCUCCUGGCCUUGGCAUGGAGGGGCAAAGGGGGCCAAGGACCUCUGCCCCCCGGGCCCACCCCACUCCCCAUCCUGGGGAACUAUUUCCAGCUGGACAGAAAGGAUAUGAUGAAGUCCCUGACAAAGCUGAGUGAGGUGUAUGGCCCCGUGUUCACCGUGUACCUGGGACUGCAGCGGAUCGUGGUCCUGUGUGGCUACGAGGUGAUGAAAGAGGCCCUGGUGGACCAUGCUGAAGAGUUCAGUGGCCGCGGGCAGCUGCCAGCUUUCUCGAAGGAUUUCAAUGAGCACGGGAUCGUGUUUGCCAACGGGCACCGAUGGAAACAGCUUCGCCGGUUCAGUCUCAGCACCUUGAGAAACUUUGGCAUGGGCAAACGAUCCAUCGAGGAGCGCAUCCAGGAGGAGGCCCAGUGCCUGGCAGAGGAGCUACAUAAAACAAACAGCAUGCCCUUCGAUCCCGUCUUCAUCCUCAGUCGUGCGGUCUCCAACGUCAUCUGCUCUCUCACGUUUGGGCAUCGGUUUGAGUAUGAUGAUGAGAGAUUCCUGAAGCUGAAUAAGCUGAUAACCAAGCGGUUCCAGGUUGCCAGUUCACCCCAGUCUGCGCUGUAUAACAUGUUCCCUGGGGUCAUGGAAAAGAUCCCUGGAGCACACCACAUGAGCAGUGAAUGUUCCCAGAAGAUUAUUGACUUCAUUGUGGAGCAGAUCAAGAUGCGCCAGGAGGCCUUGGACCCUUCGUCCCCCCAGAACUACAUCGAUUGCUUCCUCGUUAAGAUGGAGCAGGAAAAGAACAAUCCAGAUACUGAGUUUUACAUGGAGAAUCUGGUCAUGUCCACCUUCAACCUCUUCUUCGCUGGGACAGAGACCAUCAGCACCACCUUGAGAUAUGGUUUCCUCUUGAUGCUGAAGCAUCCAGAGGUACAAGUAAAAGUCCAGGAGGAAAUCGAUCGCGUCAUCGGAGAAGAGCGGAUCCCAGCCGUUGAGGACAGGAACAAAAUGCCAUACACGGAGGCCGUCCUGCACGAGAUCCAGAGGUUCGGUGACGUUCUCCCCAUGAGCUUACCCCAUGCUGUGACACAAGACACCCACUUCAGGGGGUACGUCAUCCCCAAGGGGACCUACGUCUACACUUUGCUCACCACGGUGCACCGUGACCCAAAACAUCAUCCCAAUCUGGAGGAGUUUGACCCUGGGAGGUUCCUGGACAGCAAUGGUUGCUCAAAGAAAGUGGAUGCUUUUAUGCCUUUCUCAGCAGGCAAGCGGGUGUGCUUGGGCGAAGGGCUGGCGCGCAUGGAACUGUUCCUCUUCUUCACCACCAUCCUGCAGAGAUUCACUCUCGUGUCUCCGGUGCCUCCCAGCGAGCUCAGCCUCGCGCCUUCCGUGAGUGGCCUCAGCAGGGUUCCUAGAAAAUAUGAGCUGUCCAUGGUCCCACGGCGAUCCUGUUUUGUGUCACUCUACGUGCCAGCCUCCAUGGGGGUUGCCUCCUGUGGGCUCGUCAGUGCAGGCAACCUCACCCCAGAUCCUGAAAGCAAAAGCAGAGAGAGUGGGUGUGGACACCCAGCCCUAUAUAGCUGCCUGGGGGGAGAGAGAAAGAGAGAGAGAGAAAGAGAGAGAGAGAGAGAGAGAGAGGACCCCACUGGCCUCCACAGUCCUGUUGCCACCAUGGACCUCAGUGGGGCCACACUUCUGGCCUUGAUCUUCCUGGCCUGCUUGAUUUUGUACCUGAAUGGGAAGGGCCGAAGGCAUAAGGGUCGGCUGCCCCCUGGCCCAACCCCGCUCCCUCUCCUUGGCAAUCUCCUUCAGCUGGACCCCAAGGAAAUGCACCGGUCCCUGGAAAAGCUCAGCAAGCAGUACGGGCCGGUCUACACCAUCCACUUGGGCUCACUGCCCUGUGUGGUCCUCUGUGGGUAUCAGGCCGUGAAGGAGGCCUUGGUGGACCAGGCAGAUGACUUCAGUGACCGGGGGGAAUUCCCGGUGUUUUAUCGCUUCACUCAGGGUAACGGCAUCGCCUUCUCCAAUGGGGAAAAGUGGAAGAUCCUGCGUCGCUUCGCGCUGCAGACGUUGAAGAAUUUUGGGAUGGGGAAAAGUGGCAUCGAGGCCCGGAUCCAAGAGGAGGCCCAAUGCCUUGUCAAGGAGUUCCAGAACACUGGUGGCGCGCCCUUCAACCCCCUCGACCUCGUCUGCCGUGCCGUCUCCAACGUCAUCUGUGCUGUGGUUUUUGGCCGCCGCUUCGACUAUGAAGACAACGACUUCCUCACCCUCCUGAACCACCUCAACGAGAACUUCAAGAUCAUGAGCUCCAAGUGGGGCGAGCUCUACAACAUUUUUCCUCGGCUCAUGGACUUUCUCCCUGGACCCCAUCACCGAAUCUUCCGAAACUUUGAGGAUCUCCGGAAGUUCAUCGCCGAGCGCAUCCGCUCGCACCAAAAGGAUCUGGACCCUGCUGCCCCCCGGGACUUCAUCGACUGCUUUCUUAUCCGCAUGGAGCAGGAGAAGCAGGACCCACUGAGCUACUUCCACAUGGACACGCUGAUCAUGACCACCCACAACCUGUUUUUUGGGGGCACCGAGACGACCAGCACGACCCUGCGCUACAGCUUCCUCAUCCUCAUGAAAUAUCCUGAGGUAGCAGCCAAAGUCCACGAAGAGAUUGACCGGGUGAUCGGGCCCAAUCGCGCCCCAUGCUUAGCCGACCGCAAGAACAUGCCUUACACGGAUGCCGUCCUCUAUGAGAUCCAGCGCUUCAUCUCCAUGCUGCCCAUGGGGCUCCCUCGUGCAGUGACCCGGGACACCCCCUUCCGAGACUUCCUGCUUCCCAAGGGCACCAACGUGAUCCCUCUGCUGAGUUCAGUGCACUAUGACCCGACCCAGUUUAAGGACCCAACUUCCUUCAACCCCGACAACUUUCUGGAUGAAAAUCGCUCUUUCAAGAGCAGUGAUGCAUUCAUGCCUUUUGCCCCAGGGAAGCGGAUCUGUCUUGGAGCCGGGCUGGCCCGCAUGGAAAUCUUCCUCUUCCUCACCACCCUCCUCCAGCACUUCUCCCUCCAGCCUCUGGUCACCCCGGCAGAGAUUGACCUGACCCCUCAGUGCACAGGCCUGGGAAAUCUGCCCCGUCCCUUUCAGUUCCGGGUCCUCGCUCGCUAGUGCUGGAAGGGAGGCAGGAACCUUCACUGCCUGGCCCCUCGGGGCCUCCAGGAGAGGUGCCUGGACCCAGACAGGAGACCCUGCAGCUUCCUUGGUGGCCUUGCAACCCCUCGGAGACCCCACAGCAGCUUGUGUCAUGUGCUUUCAACUGCAUCACCGUCCUGCACCAAGAAUUUCCAAACACUGCACCCUGUACACAAGUCUCUGUGGCUUCCUCCUCUUUUUUUGCACUUUGUUAUAGGCAUCUUGUCCGGGCCACUCCAAGGGGUAAGAAACCACAAAGCCCACCAGUUUGUUUACCCUCCAUCUCCCCAGAUUUCCAGGCAACUGCAAA